ACUCACAGAGAUCUGCCUGGUUGAGGAGCUAUUUUAAGGCUAAGAUUUGGGCAAACUGAAGAGGGAAGGGAAGGAAAUUUAGGUAAAUACAGAACAAAAUGUCGGGGAAGGAACAAGUACAAGCUGUGUAGAGAGCAAUUUGUACUUAUGUGGAUGGAAAUGGUAGAAUGAAUGUUAAAAGGUGGAAGUGGGUGAGGACACUGGGGGCAGGGUGAAUGGAGACAGGUGCAGCUUCUGUUGGUUCUAAAGCACCUUGCCACAGAAACUGUGCAAAUGAAACACUUAGGGCCAGAAGCCAUUUCUACACCCUAGCCACCAUCUUCUAGAUGAGCUUUCUCUUGGGAGCUCAGCAAUUCACAAGUUCGCAUCUGCCUUUGAGCCUUUGCACACACUCAAGAAUUCUUUCUGUUCCUUCACUGCCAGCCACUCAUCAGCUAUAGUGGGCAUCAUGAUUCACAGCAACAUCACCAUCUUCUACCCUGCAGUUUUCGUGCUCCUUGGCAUCCCUGGGUUGGAGGCUUAUCAUACCUGGUUGUCUGUACCUUUGUGCCUCAUGUAUGUCACUGCAGUCUUUGGGAACAGCAUCCUGAUAGUGGUCAUCAUCACAGAACGGAGCCUGCAUGAACCCAUGUAUUUCUUCCUCUCCAUGCUGGCCAUCACAGAUAUCCUACUGUCUACUACUACUGUGCCCAAGGCCCUAGCCAUCUUUUGGCUCCAUGCCCACAACAUUGCCUUUGAUGCCUGUGUCACCCAAGUCUUCUUUGUCCACACAAUGUUUGUCGGGGAGUCAGCCAUCCUGUUAGCCAUGGCCUUUGACCGCUUUGUGGCCAUCUGUGCCCCACUGAGAUACACAACGGUGCUGACAUGGCGCAUGGUGGGGAGGAUUGCUCUCGCCAUUGUCAUCAGAAGCGUCUGUAUCAUCUUUCCCGUGAUUUUCUUGCUGAAGCGGUUGCCAUUCUGUCGAACCAACAUCAUCCCCCAUUCCUACUGUGAGCACAUUGGGGUGGCCCGCUUAGCUUGUGCCGACAUCACUGUUAACAUUUGGUAUGGCUUCUCAGUGCCCAUCGUCAUGGUCAUCAUGGAUGUGAUCCUCAUUGCUGUGUCUUACUCACUCAUUCUGCGAGCAGUGUUUCGUUUGCCCUCCCAGGAUGCUCGGCACAAGGCCCUGAGCACUUGUGGGUCUCACCUCUGUGUUAUCCUCAUGUUUUACGUUCCAUCCUUCUUUACUUUACUGACCCACCGCUUUGGGCGGAACAUUCCCCGGCAUGUGCAUAUCUUGUUGGCCAAUCUUUAUGUGGUGGUGCCACCAAUGCUGAACCCCAUUGUCUACGGGGUUAAGACUAAGCAAAUCCGGGAGGGUGUAGUCCACUGGUUCUUGGAUAUCAAGGCUCAGUGUUGUUUCUCUCCUUUGGGUUGAUGGGUCCUUGCAAAUCUUUAUACUCAGCUUCAUCAAGGAAGCUAGCCAAGGAGCACAGAUCUCCUGGAUAGAGAGGUAUUUCCUUCUUUUGCUUCAUCCUUGUCCUCUUCCCACUUUUCUGUUUUCUAAUUUGUCCUCCUUAUCUCUUUCUCUUGUUUAAUGUGUGCUACCCACUUCAUACAUUUAUCCUCAAAACUAGAGAUGAUAAACUAAGUGUACAUUUCUCUGAUAGGAGAAUUUGUCUUUUUCAGUAAUUGGAUGUAUCACAAGAAGUAAGGUUAUAAACAAAUAAAUAUAUUUAGACAUAUUUAAUAUAUGGAGAGGCUCUGAUAUUUUAAAGUCCCUAACACUGUUUCUUUAUAUAAAAUCAAGUAAGCUGGGCUUGGUGGUUCAUUUCUGUAAUCCUAUCACUCAGGAAGCUGAGGAAGGAUUGAUCUGGGUUUGAGAAUAACCUGGCUUACAUAGUCAGUUCAAGAGCAACCUGAGUUAUAAAGCAAAACUCUGUCACAAACACCAAACCAAAGCUAAUAAAAGUUCUCUACUAUCUUC